UUUUCCAAGUUGGUGAAUAAAAUCACCGGUUUUUAUUAGUCACAGAUGUUGGAUCGUGAUCAGAUUUGGCAUAAUGUAUGCCUAUUUGAUGCUCAAAUGUUACAGUCAAAAGUUGUAGGGGUUGCUUGAUCAAGGAAGGUAAACGAGAUGGAAACACCCAGCUCGUGUCAUUUUUACCUAUCUUUUCAUGAUAUUCAUAUUGAUGAAAAUCAAUGAUGCAUGUCAUCGUCAUUUCGUUUAACUGUGUCAUGUGAUUUUCACUCUCGGUAAACACUAUCAUACCAGUAAUAUCAUACACUUUUUAAUCAUGUAUAGGUUUUCCCUUUGUAUGUACAGUAGAACCUCCCUUUGCGGACGCCUCUCUAUUAAGGACAACCUCUCUAUUAUUUAAGGACACUAAUUUUGGUCCCAAAUUGGAAAUUUCCAUUCAAUUUGACCUCUCUAAUCAGGACACCUCUCUAUUAAGGACAGCAUUUGUCAGUCCCGAGGGUGUCCUUAAUAGAGAGGUUCUACUGUAUAUAUAUAUAUAGGCCUACACACAACAUCAUAGGCCUAUAUGGACAUGGUAAACUUCAGUUGCUUUCAGUUUCACAGUGUGGACCUAACUAGUGAAUAUUUAUUAUUGAUUCAGUAAUAAAAAGGAGUUCUGUGAUAUUGAUAUUGGGUAUUGCAUAUUUCCUGAUACAAGUUCUAAUCGCUUUGAUUUUGUUUCUUUUUCAUUUCGACAUCUUCUUUCUUCUCAUUGGAAUGUCAGCCCUCGUCCUCCUGGCUUUCUCAGCUGCCAUUGGCAUCACACUGUUGGUACUGGGAUGUGCUUUACCACAAUUCAACAACUGGUGGCCCAUGUUUGUGCUGAUCUUCUACGCACUUUCACCGGUCCCAACAAUUAUAUCAAGACGUUAUGCAGGCAGCUUGGACUCGGCGAGCAGUGCCCUUGUGGAAUUUAACAUAUUUAUGACAACCGGUAUUGUCGUAUCAGCAUAUGGCUUGCCGGUUGUAUUAGCACAUACCCCAUUAGCAAUGCCUGUGAUCCAGUGGGGCGCGAUGGGCCUCGUCAUGGCAGGAAACACUGUUGUAUUCAUAACGAUAUUAGGAUAUUUCUACACGUUUGGCAACGAGGACUUUGACUACUCAAUGUGGUGACGUGUCUAGGUUAACAACUUGAAGUGGAAUACUCAUUGGAUGACAAUCGGACAGUUUUUUACUGUCUGUCAGGCAGUGGCCCGUCUGCUCCAGAGCAAUACCAAAAUGGAGCAGUAUAUCAAUAAUACUUAUGAUAUUUUUUUACCUUUUCCAUGCAGGAAUUACUUGUGUGGUAAUUUUUUUCUUGAGGGAUUCCACUGUGGAUGAACAUACAGUAGAACCUCACUUUGUGAACACCUCUGUCAGCAGGACACCCUUUUCUGUCAAGGACAGUGGUUUUGGUCCCAAACUGGUUGUUUCUCUACAAAUUGACUUCAAAUCAACUUCCUUGCAUUAUCUAAGCUUCUGUUGAUCAUAGGUCGUUUCUGGUGAAUGCAGUUGUAAAAGAAGCCUAAUAUUUGCUGCCUGUCUGCAGUAGGCUCAUAAUUCAUGUCAUAAUUGUAUGAAUUGCAAUAUUUAUUUGGAAAAGAACAAGUGGGUUAUUUUUACAUUGCCGAUCAAUGUAUGAAUGUUCGUUGUUAUCAUGUGUUGUAGGUUAUAUUGCUGGGUUUUUGCUGACAUGGAAAGUUAGGUUGGGAAGAAAUAAGGGCUAUAUUGAUUGUUGUGAUUUUGAACCUCAAAGGAACCAAAAUUCAGUUGAUCAAUAUCACUAAGUGUUUGCAAAUGAAUUAGUUAGUACAGACCAAAUCUUCACUUAGUUGAACACGUUUUUAAGGUGUGAUUUACGUUAUGUUUGGGAUGCGAAAACCACAAUUGUUAUUUGGAACAUAAAAUUAUUCCAUUUGUACAUGAUUGUGCUCAUGGAUAACUAGCUAUAUUUGGAACUAUUGCCGCUCUUCCAGCAAAUGGAAGGAUAUAAACCAACCAAGUGGAUAGUUGGACGUCUAUUUUUUUUGAGAAUGACACUUAGACCUCCCUUUCUACAUAAUCAAAAACUGAGGAGAAUCAAGAAGCAUCGCAUUCACAGCUUCAACAAAAAUGAUAGCCACUGCACUGAAUUUCAGUCAUUUAGUUGUACAAAUGUAUCAUAUGUACUUGCUGAGAAUGGCAUGCGAUGAUGUGGCUGGAAUUGCUUCAGUCCGACGGUUCAGCCAUUGUCUAUGACCAAGCCAUGGUGCCCAGUUAUUACUACCUUGGGACUGUUUUAAACAAGGCCUGAUUAUAGGACAAUGUUGUGGAAUGAGUUAACUGAUGAUAUUUGUGACCCGCCAUGACGAAAUCGCAUGUCUUUCCGAGCUUGACAGGUUGAGACGGACUGGUCAUUCAUUUCACUGUUGUCAGCCUUUUGUGACAUCUGAGUACAUCAAUUUCUUCUAUUAUGUCCUGGUGUCAUUUUAGGCUCAUCUUCUGUGCGACAUGCGACUCAUUUUGUCGUGGUGGGUCACAUUUUUGUGCCACGAACUACGUCAUAAUAUUGUAAAUUCUUUUAGGUACUUGUACGCUGUAUAAUAUACUUGCCUGAUCAUUUCAUCGAUACAAAAUACAUUUGUACUUGCACCGACCAUCAAGGUGAGACCAACUGGAAUGUUUGGGCAGAGUAAUGAGAAAAUGCUUUGUGUGUCGUCUAAACUCUAAAUUAUAUUUGUGCAUGAUGUAUAGAUUUCUUGUUGCAUGAUGUUGGAAAUCAUGACUAGAUAUGAAGAACAUUAUGAACCUUUUAUUGAAGUAUUUCCUUAGAAGUUUGAAUCAUCCUCGGCUUAGACAAAAGAGCUGAAUUCAAAUAACCCGUUCUACCUGAUGUGCCGGAUUGUCACCUGUCACUUAUGUGCUAUGUGAAUACUGAAACUCUGACUGAUAUGAAAGUAACACCCCUAGGGCUGGACUAAUUCUAAGUUCUUAUGUAAUAGCUUCUCCAUGAGCAAAGCGUCCCAAUUCAAUGGAGAAAAUGUCGAAAAAUUACACCCUUUUCAGCACCCCCAAAAUAUUCCUGAAGUCGGACUCGCUUUUGGUUUCAUCAAGAACUGGUUUCAGCUCCUAUCUUUCCCUGGAGAUGGCAUUUGAAGCCUUCAAAGCAGGGAUAACCUGCUGGAAGAGGGAGUUUGGUCCUCGUAGAUCUACGCGGUCGGCCGUGAAAGAAGGCACGCAGAUGAUUUGUCUGUCAGUGGUGUGUCAAGACUGUACCAUAGUAAUUUGAAGGGUAGGGAAAUUGCUGAAAUUUAAAUUUAGAAAAAAAUUUCAGGGUUACAGUAUUCAUUAAGAGGUUUGUCUCUUGUGUAUAAACUUUGGAUCAUGCUACAAAAAUGGUACUUGUAAAUAAAAAUUUUGUACAUGGUUCCUAAA